CAGCCAAAACCCUGUAAUAAGUAGCUUCUUUUCUCCCUCGUGUGGUUUGCCCACUCCGAAGUACACAAAUAAACCAAUCCAUUCUUGUCUCUGCCACUGAAAGUUGUAGAAUUCAAGCAUUUGGAGCUAAUGGAUCCUCAAGCGCUGUCGUCCAGUGUGUCAACUUCUCACACAAUCUCACCUGAUGGAUUGAACCAUAAGAAAUGUAAUCUGCUGAAAGAAGAAAAUAGGUUGCUGGAUUCAGUUCUUCUAAAAGAGGAAAACCCAUUUGAUUUUUUUCGUGUUUUUUGUGAAAGUAUCAUAGCUGGAGCUACGGCUGGUGUUUUUGUCGAAGCAGCUCUGUACCCAAUUGAUACAGUAAAAACUCGACUCCAGGCAGCCCGUGGCGGAGGGAAAGUUGUUUUAAAGGGUCUUUAUUCUGGAUUGGGUGGAAACCUUGCUGGUGUUUUGCCGGCUUCAGCUAUAUUUCUUGGUGUAUAUGAACCUGCAAAGCAGAAAUUGUUAAAAGCCUUACCUGAAAACUUGAGUGCUUUUGCUCAUUUGACUGCAGGUGCUCUAGGAGGUGCUGCUUCUUCCCUUGUUCGAGUUCCAACAGAGGUUGUUAAGCAAAGGAUGCAAACUGGGCAAUUUGCUUCUGCCCCUGCUGCUGUACGCCUUAUUGUUGCUAAAGAGGGAUUUAGAGGUCUAUAUGCGGGAUAUGGAUCCUUCUUAUUGAGAGAUUUGCCAUUUGAUGCCAUCCAGUUUUGCAUCUACGAACAACUCCGAAUAGGGUAUAAGUUGGCAGCACAACGAGACCUGAAUGAUCCUGAGAAUGCCAUAAUUGGUGCUGUUGCUGGGGCAAUAACUGGAACUGUAACAAACCCUCUUGAUGUGAUAAAAACUCGAUUGAUGGUCCAGGGAUCAUCAAAGCAGUACAAAGGGAUUCUUGAUUGUGUAAGGACUAUAAUGCGUGAAGAAGGAACCCACGCUUUCUUGAAGGGUAUUGGGCCAAGGGUACUGUGGAUAGGCAUUGGUGGUUCAAUUUUCUUCGGUGUUCUUGAAAAGACAAAGCAAAUGCUGGCCAAAAAGCCUCCGGAAAAUCACAAGUCAUUUUAUCUCAAGCAAGAGUAACUUUUAUUAAUAGACAUGUUAUCAUUUUUGUUCUGCUUAGGUGACUGAUAUGUGUUACUUGAAUUUUAGAAUUUGGAUUUGGAUUUUAGAAUAGAGUAAAAUUGAGUAGUAGAAUAGUUGGAAAUGCAACAUUCAUUAUAAUUUCUCAAUUCAUGAAUUUAUUAUUAGAUGUUUAUUUAUUCA